UUUUGUGUUUUGCCUGAUUAAACAUAAUGCAGCGGUUAGCAAAUAUAGUUUACCAUCUGUAGCUAACUGUGUAUCAGAUGUUGGUUUUUGUUUGGACGGAUCUUCGGUUUUUAUCGCUACUGAUAGGCUGGCUAACCAGCUAGCUUAGCAGGAUGGCAGCUAGCUGAACUGUCGUUAGCAUAUGGGGCCCUACGUUCACAGGAGGGCAGCUCUCUGUGACAGUUUGAUUGUAAAUUCAUCGAAGAUACAGAAACGAACCUUGCCAUUUAAACAAAUGAGCAGAUAAUAAGUAGCCAGCUGUUCUAACGUCAUUUUUAAGGAACCCAGCAGAAAAUGGUGAUUUAAUUUGCCCAAAGCGAAGAAAGAUUAAAAGAGAGUCAGGCUUGAAUAAUCUGUUUGCAACCAGAGUUAAUUUAGGAUACUUUAAAGGAACAUGUGGCUGCUUAUUUUCUUGAAAAACGUGAAUUCAUUGCACCCUAAAUAAAUUUCUGUUAUGUAUUGAUGUCCAUCAUCUAGGAGAUGUUAAACAUAGUUUUCAUACCUGUAUAUUUUUCAUCAGUUGUCUGUCUUCAAACGAUCAUUUUGUCAGACCAGGUUAGUUGUAGACUAGCUUCCAGAGUGGGUUUGCCAGCUUCAGCUUGGUCUUUACUGUUGAACUAUGUGUAGCUUUUAUUUGUUUCAGUCUUAGUCUUUUAUAUAUGUAAUAUGAUGGGUAUUUGUAAGUAGCUCUGAUAAGACCAACACAACACUGAUGAAUCAUCUAAACAUCACAGUCUUAAAAAAACCCCAAACACUUGCGCUGAAGCCUCCUCAUGUUUCUUCAGAAUUGACUAAAUUAGGAAAAAAAACAAACCUUGACAUUUCCUGUGUGCACUUAUUUUCUUUUAUCUCCUUUUAUAGAUACUCAUGACUGGUUUAAGAUUAAGGUUUCAUUUCUUAUUUUAUAUCCCAGUUACCUAACAUAUUUCUUUUUCACAUCUAGUUUUAGUUAACUAUAAUAAUCAUGAUGUUCAGCCUACAAAACCUUAGAAUCAAUAGGUGCAGUCAUGUAAUUUAACUCACUUCCUUAAACAUGUGGAAGUACUCAGCACUUCCUUUUUCUGUUUACCGUCCACAGUGCGGACAGCCAUUGGGCUGUGUCAGGUAGCUGUCUGUAUACAGCCCAUCACAUGAUUUACAGUAAUGUGAGAUGAUGAGCUUCAGAUAAGUCACUGUGUCUCUGACUGGUGAGGUGAUCGUUUGGUUUUUUUCCUACUCCAGCUGUCUGGAUUGACAUGUUGGAUGCGGGAUUGUUUGAAUGACAGAAGCCCCAUCUGGUGUGAUGGAGGGGUGACGUGUGAAUCAGAGGAGUGAUUAGGCCAAAGCAGCCAUGACCGAGUGCUUCCUGCCCCCCAGUAGCAGCCCCGCAGAGCAGCGCAGGGCCGAGCACCCCGGGGGCGUGGCCCGCACCCCGAGCUCUGAGGAAAUCAGCCCCACCAAAUUCCCCGGGCUGUACCGCACCGGGGAACCAUCGCCGCCUCACGAUGGACAUCACCACGAGCCUCCCGACGCCUACGUCUCCGACGAUGACAAAGAGCACAGCAAGAAAAAGAACAAGUUCAAGAAGAAGGAGAAAAGGACGGAAGGAUACGCCGCCUUCCAGGAGGACAGCUCGGCAGACGAAGCAGAGAGCCCGUCCAAAAUGAAGCGCUCCAAGGGAAUCCACGUGUUCAAGAAGCCGAGCUUCUCCAAGAAGAAAGAAAAGGAUUUUAAGGUGAAAGAGAAGGGUCCCAAAGAGGACAAAGCCAAGGAUAAGAAGUCAAAGGACCUGACAGCUGCAGAUGUGGUGAAACAGUGGAAGGAGAAGAAGAAGAAGAAGAAACCAGCCACAGAGGCAGAACCGGUCCCAGUGGAGACCCCCACCUUCAGGCCCAUCUUUGGAGCCCCGCUGGCUGAAGCUAUCAAGAGGACAGCUCUGUAUGAUGGCAUCCAGCUACCAGCCAUCUUUAGAGAGUGUGUGGACUACAUUGAAAAUUAUGGGAUGAAGUGUGAGGGCAUCUACCGGGUUUCAGGUAUGAAGUCCAAAGUAGAUGAACUGAAAGCUGCGUAUGACCGAGAGGAGUGCCCAUGCCUGGAGGAGUAUGACCCUCACACGGUCGCCAGCCUGCUGAAGCAGUACCUCCGCGAGCUGCCCGAAAACAUACUCGGUCGAGACUUGGCCCAGUGGUUCGAGGAUGCUUGCGGUCGGCAGGUCGAGGCCGAAAAGGUGACGGAGUUUCAGAGGCUGCUGACCGAAGUGCCGCUGGAGAGCCGACUGCUUCUGUCCUGGCUCGUCACACACAUGGACCACGUCAUUGCCAGGGAGGCAGAGACGAAGAUGAAUAUUCAGAAUAUCUCCAUCGUCCUUAACCCCACCAUACAGAUUGGGAAUCGUGUCCUUUACAUGUUCUUCACCCACGUGAAGGAGCUGUUUGGGGAUGUAGUCUUGAAGCCAGUGGUGCGGCCACUCCGCUGGUCCAACAUGGCGACGAUGCCGGCUCUGCCCGAGACCCAGGAGAGCAUCAAAGAGGAGAUCAGACGGCAGGAGUUCCUCCUGAACUGCCUGCACCGGGACCUGCAGGCAGGGGUGAAGGACUUGUCCAAAGAGGAGCGGCUCUGGGAGGUUCAGAGAAUCCUGACCGCACUGAAACGCAAACUGAGGGAGGCCAAACGUCAGGAGUGCGAGAGUAAAAUAGCCCAGGAGAUAGCAAGCCUGUCAAAGGAAGACGUUUCUAAGGAGGAGAUGACUGAGAAUGAAGAGGAAGUCAUCAACCUCCUUUUAGCACAGGAGAAUGAGAUCCUGACGGAGCAGGAGGAGCUGAUCUCUCUUGAGCAGGUGCUGCGUAGACAGAUUGCUACUGAGAAGGAGGAAAUCGAGAGGCUGCGGGCAGAGAUUGCAGACAUACAGAGUCGGCAGCAGGGUCGCAGCGAGACAGAGGAGUAUUCAUCAGACAGCGAAAGUGAGAGCGAGGAUGAGGAAGAGCUGCAGAUGAUACUGGAAGAUCUGCAGAAGCAAAACGAGGAACUAGAGAACAAAAACACUCACCUGAACCAGGCCAUCCACGAGGAGCAGGAGGCCAUCUUGGAGCUCCGCGUUCAGCUUCGCCUCCUGCAGAGCCACAAGCUACAGCAGGAGUUGACCGCCCAGCCGCCAGCCGAGCAGGCUCCACCCACACAGCCGAGCCCGGAGGCCCGCAGCGAUGAGCAAACCAAGCGCUCCGUUGCUGCCGUGGCUCCUACCGCCGAUGCAGCUGCUGCCACCACCAACGGAAAGGCGGCUAAGGAUCCAUCAAAGCCUUCACCAAACAAAGACAAGAGAGACACCAACAUGUGAGACCUCUGUGAUGCUUUUGAUGGUCGUCUGUGCUGGUGUUCGUCUCUACCGUGGGCCAGUUGUCCUGCAGCGUUGCUCGCUAUCCUGCUGGAGAUUUCACAUUGCAGAGCUCAUUAGUGACCGUGUCCACCAAGUGGCAGACAAGGAAAAACCUUUUAUAUCGUCUUCGGUGUCCUAACCUUCUUUUUCACAUCCUCAUGCAAAAAAACCACCCUGAAAAAAACAAACAAAUGCUAGGUUUAGCUGGUGUAGCGGACAACUGACUACCACUGUAAGAGACUAGCAGGGACCAUGUUUUCAAAUAUGCCGUGCCAAGCCUGUAUGAAGGAGGAAGGAAGGGGAAAUGAAGGCAAUGAGAGUAAGAGAGGGUAGAUUGUAGAUUAUUUCUCACUGGUGAGCAAGUCAGGAAGCGAUCACUAGACCACAAAUGUCAUCAGUCCCUGUCGCUCAGAUUCGUCCCUUACCUUGAUGGAAAUUUGACUUUUUCUUUUGGAUAGAGACCACUGUGCCAUAACUUGAGGAUGCCCCAGAGAACCACUGAUAACAAAAGCUUUUUGAAUGAUGAAGAAUUUAUGAUCGGUCUAUCUAUAUAUUCUAUAUUUAAGUAGUAUUCUGAAGUACACAGAUGACUAUUCAAGAAGUACAUUAAUUUUAAGUUGCAGCUUUUUAGUAAUAUAUAAAUAUACAAAUAAAUAUAUUGUAGAGUCUCUGGUUCGUUUUCUUUUUUUGAACGGCAGAUUCAUACAGAGAAGUGUUGCACCUCGCAACUAACCGGUGGAUGAAAACACGAACAGCCAAAUAACAAAUGUGUGUUCAUCGCUGCAAAACGCAGACAAACAGCUGGAGGCCACACUUUGCUCCGUAGUGCAGUCGUCUUCUCAGUUACCUUUGCCUGCGCUGCACUAACGAGGAAGAGCGGGAGAUCAUAUUUGUCCAGUUUAAUAAGGAUGUAACAAGUCUGUGCUGAUGAUUUAUUUUUUGCUUCCUAUAUGGGUGGAGACGCUUUGUUUUGUACUCUUCAUGUGUGGAGGUUUUCUUCAAUCCUUUCAUUUCACAGCUGAUCCGUGUCUGCUGCAAUGUAACGUCAUUGUUCGAUAAUAUUUAAGGCAGAGAUGUGUCCUGAUUUACUUUUUCUGUAUAUUAUUGUAAAAUUGCAAACAUACUGUAUUUUCAGCUCUUCGUGUUUUGUCUUCUUGUUGUUGUUUUCUUUUCUUUUUUUACCAUUAAUAACCUGUAUGGAGUUACGCGAGUGCGACUGCCCUGCUUUGGUCACAGGCAAAUCCAUGCAAUCUCAUCUGGACUCCCGAUUCCAUGAAACUAGAACAGGCUCAGAAGCUUCUCGUGAGGUUAUUUUCAUAUUGUUCUGAGCUUUUGUAGCUGAUUGUUACAGACAGUAAUGCUGUGAAGAAUAAAGUGUCAGUCUAAAAUAA